UGCAUAAAACCUAGUCAGGCACUUCUCAUCCUCUCUUUGUUGGUAUAUAGCUGUGGCUGUGAACCACAAUUGGGAGCCAGGAACCUGCCUCUAGCGCUAGGCUACCUAGCUUCCCGUCUCUUCCCCAUCAGAUCAAUCGUCCUGGCCGGCUAUCUCAACUUCGUCUUGCUUCUUCCUGUGCUCCUUUUUGUUCCUGGACGGCUAAUAACUAGAUCUGAGAGGCAGAAAAAAGAGGGAUGGGGAGGGGGAAGAUAGUGAUAAGGAGGAUCGACAACUCGACGAGCAGGCAGGUGACCUUCUCUAAGAGACGGAACGGGCUGCUGAAGAAGGCAAAGGAGCUCUCAAUCCUCUGCGAUGCGGAGGUUGGCCUCAUCAUCUUCUCCAGCACCGGAAGGCUCUACGAGUUCUCCAGCACCAACAUGAAAGCUGUGAUAGACCGAUACGGAAAGGCAAAAGAGGAGCAGAUUGGCACCAACAAUGCAACUUCAGAACUCAUGCUCUGGCAAAGGGAGGCAGCAAGCUUGAGGCAACAACUGCACAACUUGCAAGAAAGCCACAAGCAACUAAUGGGAGAGGAGCUUUCAGGCCUAGGUGUAAGAGACCUCCAAAGUUUAGAGAGCCAUCUUGAAAUGAGCCUGCGUAGUAUCAGAAUGAGGAAGGUCAUACUCAUUAUCCAUUUCGUUACCAUGUUUUGGUUUUCUAUUCACUUCAAUCUAAUAUGCAGUAAUGUCAAACAGGACCAUAUUUUGAAAAGUGAAAUUGAAGAGUUACACAGGAAGGGUAGCCUAAUUCACCAGGAAAACAUGGAACUCGGUAGAACAGUAGAUGUCAUGUCACAGCAAAAAGUUGAACUACACAGGAAGCUCCAGGCCAGUGAACCAAGAGGUGUUGCUGAUGCAAGCUCUAGCACUCCCUACAGCUUUAGUAUUACAACACAAUAUGCAGAUGUCCCUGCUAAUCUUGAACAGAGGCAAUCACAACAAAAAGAGGGGGAUCGACGCAAGGAACUGAUGGCUCCUGAACUGGGACUUCAACUGCACUAAGAAGAUGCAGUACAAGUUCGAAAAUACCAUGGUGUGUUUCAACAAUUUCAUACAGUGCAGAGCACUCUGGUUGCAAUGAGUAUUUGUGAAAUAUACUAGCUGAGUGAGCAAAAUGGCUUGUGUAAAUAAUGUCACAUGAGGCUCCUCCAUAUUGAAGAUACACUGGGUUUCACUUUGGCAUUUGCAUCAUGUAUAUGUACUUGGUUUCACUAAUGACUGAACUUUGCAAUAAGGAAUAAUAUAAGUUUCAUGGUUUGGAACUGAAA